UAUCAUCCUGAAGGCUGCGAAAUGAAUCUGUGCUGUCUGUCCAAACCGCAGGUGCAUCAAUAUGUAGGUGUGGUUAAAGAACAGACUUGAAGGUUUUAGUGAAUUUCAUUAACACGUUUACGAUCGUUCAACGCAUCGAUAUCCCCAUCUCAUGUUCCUCUAUGCUUUUUUCGCUCAUUCGCACAGAGGUCCUUUGUCAAUGCGUCUUUCAAUUUCUGUAGCUUUUCCCCAGAGGAGUUAUUUUGCUGGAGGAUCGCGCAUUGAAAUUGUUUGGAUCUUUCCUUGUUUGGAGAUGACAGGUCAUUUUAAGGCAAGCGGGAAACCAGAGUGAGUUGCCAUGGCGGCAGGAGUGGCUGCAUGGCUUCCCUUCGCCCGGGCAGCAGCUAUUGGCUGGAUGCCUGUGGCCAACUGCCCCAUGCCUAUCGCUCCUAGAGACCACACAAAGAGACAUGAUGAGCUGAUCAUCCUGAAUGUGAGUGGACGACGCUUCCAGACCUGGAGGACCACACUGGACCGCUACCCAGACACCCUGCUGGGAAGCUCAGAGAAACAGUUUUUUUACGAUGAGGAGACCAAAGAGUAUUUUUUCGACCGGGACCCAGACUCCUUCCGUAGCAUUCUCAACUUCUAUCGGACGGGCAAGUUGCACUAUCCACGCUAUGAGUGCAUCUCGGCCUACGACGAAGAGCUAACCUUCUUCGGCAUCAUCCCGGAGAUCAUCGGUGACUGCUGCUAUGAAGAGUACAAGGAUCGGAAGCGGGAGAAUGCUGAACGUCUCCAGGACGACCAGGAUGACAACAAGGACUGCAAGCUGCCCAACAUGACAUACAGAGAGACCAUGUGGAGGGCCUUUGAGAACCCUCACACCUCCACCAUGGCCCUGGUGUUCUACUAUGUCACCGGCUUCUUCAUCGCCAUCUCAGUCCUCACCAACGUGAUAGAGACGGUUCCGUGCGGUGCCACGCCUUCCCAGAAGGACAUGCCAUGUGGCGAGCGCUACACCGUAGCCUUCUUCUGCAUGGACACGGCCUGCGUCCUCAUCUUCACCAUAGAGUACCUCAUGAGACUGUUUGCCGCGCCCAGCCGUUACCAAUUCAUGCGCAGUGUGAUGAGCAUCAUCGACGUGGUGGCCAUCUUUCCCUACUACAUUGGCCUGGUGAUGACAGACAACGAGGAUGUGAGCGGAGCCUUCGUCACACUCCGUGUGUUCCGUGUGUUCCGCAUCUUCAAGUUCUCCCGCCACUCGCAGGGCCUCAGGAUCCUGGGGUACACGCUGAAGAGCUGCGCCUCGGAGCUGGGCUUCCUCCUCUUCUCCCUCACUAUGGCCAUCAUCAUCUUCGCCACCGUCAUGUUUUAUGCAGAGAAGGGGUCGUCGUCGACCAAGUUCACCAGCAUCCCAGCCUCCUUCUGGUACACCAUUGUCACAAUGACCACGUUGGGUUUUAGUUCUCUCUCCCUCCACUCGUGUGGUCCAUAA